AUGGCCACCAAGCCACGAUCGGCAUGCGACAAACUUCGGUCAGUGCUCGACAUCAAGGCUAAUGACGCAGAAGAGAAGAAGGGCAAGUCAAGUGACGAGUUACGCGCCGAGUUGCAGAUGCAAGCGACGAUGGUCGGCCAAGCGAUGAACUUUAACAAGAAGCAGGGUGUUUCGGCCGAACCGGACACCUAUCGUCAGGACAAGGUUGCCCUUGUGCAUCACCCGAAAAGUGCUCAGUAA